AUGCCACCAAAGAAGAAGCAAAAGCUCGAAAGGCUCGAAAAACUCGACAAACCUACUUGCUUACAUACCUGCAACAAGACUUCCUUUGCAAAAGCUUUCCUGCCAAACUACCACCAACGGCUUCUAGAUUACAUCGCCAUCAUCCAUCAACUCGCCGACCACGCUUCCCACGCUCUCAAAUUCUACAUCCUAUCUGCACCAACCUUUCCCACAGUAAAUGAAGAUACAAUCGAAGCGAUUCUCUAUCUUCUCAACAAAGGAGAGGCUUGGCAGCCAAAAACUGAUGCGAAAAAGGCGUUACGCAAAUGCUUGUUGCCAUACAUUUGUCAGUACUGCCGCAUCGGCUUUGUUCAUCCAAAUCUACGAGGCGAGCAGCAGUCAAUCAAUUACUUGACAGCGAGUAUGAUGACAAACCUGAAAGUCAAUGUUCAAGAGCAUUUCAUGCAGAUGCUCCUUCGGUAUAUCAAUCUGCGGCUCGAUGUGAAGGGACAGAAGCAGCAACUGCCACCUAAAAGUGAUGUGCGAAAGGCUUUCUUUGCUCGUCUUCGCUACUUGAAGUCAAUUUUCCUUUUUGAUAUUGUGCCCGAGUCACUCGAUGACUUGACCGCUGAAGAGAGUGAGCUUCUAGAAGAGAUGUGGUCCUUCAUUCCCCUUUCCGACCAGCCACUCACAUAUUCAGUUGCUGUAGACCCUCUCGCCUUCUUCCCUGCCUACUGUCGGUUGUCAAGCCUAUAUGAAAAGCAUGGAUUUCGACGGUUCAGUGCAAUCCCACUUCGCCGCUCCCUCAUCCAAAGCCAUGUGCGGAUCGACACCGUCAUCCUCUACUCUCAUAUCCUUUGCAUCACGCGGCGAGACGCAGAAGCUGUAGCAAAGGUCGAUUUAUGGAUGCACAUCUGCAAUCUACGUACCAAGGCUUUUCGGUCUCGCCGCGAUAUGCAGUUUGAAGGCUCGAUCACAACGGACGGUACCUCGGUGUCUGUGUAUUUGAAACACCCCAACGCCGACAAGUAUGGAAAGCGUGGAGCGAGAAAGUCAGCAAAGACCCUAGAAGCUGAGGUGAAGGCACGCGACAUUCUCUACUGCCAGGACGGCAAUGGUACAACGUUUCGCUACACCGCAAACCAGCGAGCCAUGGAGACAGGCAGCCGUCGGCAGCGAAAGGAACAACAGCAGAUGAAGAAGGAAGUGGGAAUGGACGUCAUAGAAUCACGAAUACCAUCUCACAAGACGAUGAACCUCAUGGACUUCACUCGCUACCUUCUUGUUCGCCGCGCAGAUUCGGAUCGUCGCAAGGAAUUCUACUCCCAUCCCGCCCACACACGGUGGAAGUGGCAUUCCUUCAUCAGUCGGCAGCGAAGUGAAUCAGACCUCAUAAGUGCCAUGCACAACAAAUACGGUGAAAACUUUACCAUUGUGAUGGGUGAUUGGAGCGACGCCGGUCGAACUGCGAGAUUUCAGACCUCAUCAAAGAUGAAAGGUUGGCGCACCCUGUUCAAGCGCAACCGCAUUGAUUGUUUUCUUCUUGAUGAACACAAGACCUCAUCUGUUUGCCCUCGCUGUUCAUCCUCUGAGUUUGUCGAGAAAGAAUUCAAAGAACGACCUCAUUCAAGACCUUGGCGCCGUCGCGAAGGCAAGAUGGAAAAAGUCCACGGAUUGCUGGGUUGUACCAACCCUAACUGUUUGCAGCAAGCCUGGACGAUGCGCUACUGGAACCGAGAUACGCUGGCAACCUGUAAUAUGCUGACAAUCGUGCAAUCAAUGUUGGAUGGGCACGGUAGACCAGAGGUGUUCAGCAGGGGUGUUCCAGCCGUAGCGUAG